UUGUCUCUUGAUGCACUGAGUCCAGCCCCAGUCUUUCUGAAGUCUCUCUAAAUCCUUGAAUGGAUGUGUUGUUUUGCAUCUUUGUGUUCAAAGUGUGACGUCUGUCGAAUGAUCACACCGAACUGAAGAGAUUUAUGUGUGCAGGUAAAAGCCCAGUACAGCGUUUUGAUGGACACCGUCAAGCAGACGUCCUUCCAGAACCUUCAGGAGGAGCUGGACAGUCACAUGGAAACCCUGAGUGGGCAAGUCAGACCCCAUCGAACACAACAAGCUAUGUCAUUGCAUAAAAUGGACAUGGAGGCCAGUGUGAUGGAGGUGAGACAACCCCAGCUGGCCUGUGGGAGCUGCGGUCCGGAGGAGUACUGCAGCUACAGCAGCAGACAUCCUGGCUGUGAAAAGUGCACGGUUUGCCCUCCUGGCUUCUUCCUGGUUGCCCAGUGUUCUGUCCAUGCUGACAGGAUCUGCCAGGACCGAGAUGAAUGUCUUGAAAUAUCAGACUUGUGCAGAGAUAAACAGAAGUGCAUUAACACUCCAGGCGGAUUCAAGUGUCAGGGCAUGACGGUACGUGACGCCAACUCUGGAAUGUGUGGCCAUGGCUACUUCUACAACUCUGAGAUGGAUGAAUGUCAGGCCUGCAGCGAGUGCGAUGGGGAACCGGUUGUUUCCCCUUGCACCUUAGUCACAGACGCUGUCUGCUCCGGCUCCGUUAACGAUGUUCCCGCUUUGUCGCUCUCCUGGUCUGGAGACAUAAGUCUGAAGGGUCCAAAAGGCCAGAUCCUGGGUCAGGCCUUCCCCAGCGCGCAGCUUCACAUACAGGGAAGAGACGACAUGGGUCUGGUUUCAGCUGAGGAUGGGCAGCUGAUCCUAAAGCAGCACGGUUUGGUCUGGCUCGACGGAGUUCUGUCGCUUGGUCACGGCUGCCGUAGCUUCAUCCAGGUCUGCCUACGUGUAAACCACACAGACGGGUCCGACGGCCGUGACCUGAGCGGCAUACGGGUGGAGCACCAGGAACGAAGGUCUCUUCGAGGCGUCAGCAUCAGUGGGGUCACGGAAGUCGCCCCGGGUCACCUUAUGUCCCUGUUUCUUCGGAGCGCCAGCCAUCACUGCAACCAAAGCAGCGAAGGUCUGCAGCUUUACGACACCUCUGCAGCCAUGCUCUCCCUCCUCUGGCUCUCUCACGACACCGGGGCUGUUGCCAUGACAGCACAGGCCGUGGUUUCUGCACAUUACCACACAAAUUACCACCCGGCCUUCCGCAUCUCCUCCACCUCUGACCCCUACGUAGUGGGGCUGAGUCACGACAGUCGAGGGAUCCGUUUCGCAGAGAACGGAUCUGUGCGUUUUGUGUUCCAGCAAGCAUUGUACUCUAUGGGCCAAGCUUGUGUGAGUGACGGCUUUCAGCUCGUGGCAUAUCUCAACAAAAAUGGAACCUCCACUGAGAUGUUUCGGGUCUUCAAACCAGGGGUUCACUACCGAGACACAUCUAUAUCUCUGUCAGGAGCCGCCACAGUCAGUCCCGGGGAUGCCAUUGGCUUUGAGAUCCUCUCUCCAGCUCAGUGCAAUGUACGAUUCUUUGGCGAUGAGUCCGGCAUCAGUCUUCUCAGUCUAUUUUGGGUCCCUGCUGCCAUCUCAUCCUCUAUGACUGCUUCUGUGGCCAACACUGGCCUUCCAUCUGGAGCAGUACGGAACAAGCCUCUGUUCUUCCACCAGACCAGCCCCCAGGUGCCGCAAAUGGGGCUGUUGGGGAAAGGAUCUCCGAAUCAGAAAAAGGACUUUGUCUUCAGGGAGAGUGGCACAGUCAGUGUGGCGUUGGACCUCAAACUCAUUCCCUCCUGCAACUUGGUCAAGGUGACUCUGCUGAGGCAGAGUGACUCGGAAGGGGGCCGUGAAGCAGAGGGUCUGCGGCCUGUACCCAUAGCCCAGCAGGUGGCGGGUCAGAUGGGUGAGGGGUGCCAGUGGGCCAGCUUGAGUCUACGAGCAUCCUUUCAGGUUUAUAAUGGCACCGCUGUCUUCUUCAUCCUAGACUGUGUACGUGGACGAGUCAAUCAAAUCAGUCACCAGGCAGGAAGUGGGGUGUCAGCGGUUUGGGUGGCAGCAUGAUAACAAACAGCCAGAAAGGGCAAAACCUUCCCAUAUUGAUUCUUCCUAUUUGAGUUUAAUAAUAAGGCCGCAGACAUUCAUAAUGUUACUCAGACGUAUUGUCAUUUAAGGUAAUAAAUGCUAACCCGAAAGUUUCACUUAACAUUUGCAUCAAUACCUCUAAGUUAAAUGACAAAGUUGCUGCACCACAAAAACAGAAAAUAUUAUCAAGUAUUUUAUGUCUCUCAUCCAAAUAUAUUAGUAAAUUUUUAAUAAGACAUAACCAACUUACAAGUAACUUUUCAGCAAGAUCCAGGAACUUGUUUCAUGUCUGUCGUUUCUUAGUAUUGACUUUAAUAAAUACUGGCAGAUUACUUCGCAUAAGACAUUUUCCCCAUGUUAUAUGUGAGAUAAUCUACCUUUUCCAUAAUAUUAAAGAAUUAUUGACUCCUAUAGCUCCUAUAUCUGGCUGAAAAAUUACUUUUAAAUUAGUUUUUGUCUUAUUUCAAAUGUACUAAGAUAUUUGCACUAGAAACUAGACAAACGAAACGUGGCAAAAAUGUUUUGUUUUUGCAGUGUACUCAUUUGGCUCUUGAAAUAUUAGAUGUUUCAUUUGCCACUUUUCUGGUGUGAAGCCCCUCUUUUACUCUGGGAGGUUUUGUACUGGCAAUGCCUCAAUCCACAUCCAAUGGGGAUGUUUCAUUAUUUUCCUAUAUUGUAAUCAUAAUCUAGUACUCUAAGAACAAAAAAUUAUAUGACUCAAAUAAAUACAUCUGUUAGCAGGAGGUGAAUCUAGUGGAAUUGGCUUCAUUUUUAACUCCUAUCAUGGCUAUUUAUUGCAUAAAGCUUCCAGCCAUCCAUUCAUCAAUUAGCUAUUACCAAGCAGAACCUGGAGCGAAUCUAAGGAUCCAAAGGGAGAACAGGUAAGCUUCAUAGAAAGAGACUCCAAGCUAGAAUUCAAACCCAGGAUGUCGCUAUCGAUCACAAGCA